AAAGGAGGAGAGCAGGAAGGUGGAGAGCAGGAAGUAGACGAGAGAGUCGGAGAGAACGGAGAGGGUGACCGAGGGGCAGGGAAAGGAGAGUACGGAGGCAAGGAAGACGAAACUCGAGAGGAACAGACUCGGCGUUUGGACCAUCUGUCGCAGACAGACAGAGAAGAGGAAAGCCUAGGCGCCAUCGUGUGUGCCGGAAAAUCUGCGGAAAAGAUGCUCCCUUCCCAAAGUGGAGUCUGUCACUCCCCUGCUCUCGUCGCAUCACUGCGUGAAACCGAUGGAGGACGUGCGGUCUUCACCUCGGGCGAAAUCCACCUCUCUCUUUCUUCUUUCUUCCUAAUUUUUCUCGUUCUCUUUCUCUUCUUCAUUUCGUUCUCUUUCUCUCCUUCUUCUCGUUUUCUUCUCUCUCCUUCUUCUCGUUUUCUUCUCUCUUCUUCUUCUCGUUUUCUUCUCUCUUCUUCUUCUCGUUUUCUUCUCUCUUCUUCUUCUCGUUUUCUUCUCUCUUCUUCUCGCCUCUCCUCUCUUCUCUUCUUCUCGCUUCUUCUCUCUUCUUCUCGCUUCUUCUCUCUUCUUCUUGCUUCGUCACUUUCCUUCUCCGCCGAACGCUGUUUGCAUGUGCUGGAGCGCGUUCACGAGUAGCACUGGUGCCCAAACACAGACUGCAUGCGACUGUACUUCAUGAACUUGGCAUGACAGCCGAGAACAACGACACAAGAGAACGUGGAGGCGGGGAACAGAGACCUCGAAGGCGUAAACCCAGAGUCCGCCGCGGCAUGCUACGCACAACGGCGCGCAGCGAAAAAGUACAUUUUGUGACGGGCGGGAGAGGAGAGGCGCGCGCGAGAAAAGGUCGGUUUUUUUAAAAGCAAGGAACUCGACACUGUGUUUUUCCUAGGUACUUUUGCUGGACUCCUCAUUCCCAAAUCUACCUCUGCAUGCAUGCGUGUUGAGCAUGUGAAAAAACCUUGGUCUGUUGGCGCGGUCUCUGAAGAGAAAGCCGGCACAGUCUUCUUGCAGACUUGCUUUGAAAGAGCAUCGGCAGGUUUCCUCCGGCCUCUUUUCGUUCUUCUCUUUCGCCGCUCUUUCUGGAGAUCGACGCGCUGUGGCAAAGCGGAUAGAGCAGCCGAGACUUCUUUCACAAGACAUGUGAACAGAACGCGGUUUUCCUCUUGCCAGACAUCCACUCUUCUUUGCGAUUUGAGUUCCGAGAAGUCCAGUUUCCUCCAAAAUCCCCGCUGGGACCUUCUCGCUUCUUCUUCGGUUCCAGCGAGCGCUGUUGGGCUGUUUCUGCAUGCGUUUUCGAGCGACUUCUCCGCGACGCACACAGACACACGAGAGUGCUGCGACUGGUGUGUCUUCGCAGUUUUUUCUUCACUUCGCGCCUUCGUUUCUCCGUUCGCCUCUGUCCGCCCUGUCCGUUGUGUGCAAUGCCGCAGAUGGUGCCGAGAAACUGCCCGACGUGGAGCUCUGCCGCAAGAACUUGACGCCGCAGCGGUGGAUCGGCGACCAAAAAGCGCGUACGCGAAGCCGGGCGUCGCUCUCAGGUGUCCCGACAGCUGCCAGGCGCCAUCCGCAUUUGCAAGGAAAGUGCGAAAAAGUCGAACUGGUGGAUCUGGAAAGCAGAGAGGAAGACGAGAGGAGAGGGAAAGAACAGGAGAGACAGAGAAGCCAAGUGAACGACGCAAGAAGACUCCCGUGGAAACUCGGAGGUCUCUCGCGCUUUUCUUUCCUUCUCCUCUCUGUCGUUCGCGUCUCGCAUCUUCUUUCCUGCCAGAGGUGGACAGCCAUCUCCUCCUCUCUUCCUGUGUGCGUCUUUCUCCCUUGCCCAUUGCCGCUCCUGCCUCCUCGCUGUACGCGCAGAUGGCGUCUCCCGUGUCUCUGCUUCUGCGGGGCGGCGGAAUGUCCUCCACUGCUCGCAACUCUGCUGGAGACUUUUGCUGGACGAGGUGCCCUCUGCCGCGACUCUGUCGGCUCUUCUCCUCUGUCGCGGCUCGCGGGAAGCAGCCUUUCUUUCGUCUCGUCGCCGUCCCCAAGCGCCGCUUCCUCCGCGUGGAAGGCCCAGACGCCGCCUCUUUUCUGCAGGGACUCGUGACACAAGACCUUCGCUACCUUGAGUCGCCCCACCCUUCUUCCCCUUCCGAGUUCGCUCGUCUCUUCUCGAAACGGCCUGUCUUCUCCUCGUCGUCUUCGUCUCCCUCUUCCUCGUCUUCCUCUUCUUCCUCGUCCUCUUCUUCUUCCUCGUCCUCCUCUUCUUUCUCUCCCUCUUCUUCUUCCUCGUCCUCCUCUUCUUUCUCUCCCUCUUCUUCUUCCUCGUCCUCCUCUUCUUUCUCUCCCUCUUCUUCUUCCUCGUCCUCCUGUUCUUCUGUUUCUCCGCUGUUGUGUUCCCCAAGUUUUACGGGAGCUCGCGCAGCGCCUUUUGCUCUGCUGAACACACACGGCCGCGUUCUUUUGGAUGGACAUGUCGUUCGCUUGCCGCGGAAGGGGAGGGAGUUCGUGGAGACUGGAAAAGAGGAGCCGAACGCAGAUGACGGCUCCGCAUUUCUCCUCGAUGUCGACGAAGGCGUCGAAAGUCGCCUCGCUUCCUUCCUUCAGCGUCGCCGCCUGUCUUCGCGCGUGGAAGUGAAAGGAGUGACUCUGAAAGCGUUGCAGCUUCUGCCGCCUUCAUGUCUCUCUUUCUCGCCUCUGUCGCCGUUCUCUGUCUCCUCGCUUCUGACAGGAGCGAAGAGAGCAGCUUCGGCGCACGAGAGAGACCUGCUCGCAGCAGAGGCCUUCGACGACGGCGUCAGCUUCACUGGCGCGUGGCGCGACUACUACCCUCCGGGGUACGAGGGUCCUUGCUUCUCUCCAACUGCUCGACUGCCGGCUGGGCGCGAGGUCGAGCACGAGGAUAGAGCGCAUUCGCUUCUUCUCGGGAUGCAUGCGAGCGAGCUCGCGCAACGCCUGACCUCGAACCAGUCUUACGACCUCUGGAACGUCUCUGGGGGCUGCCGCGAUGGCUGGCUGCUCGCGACUUCGAGGACGCACGCCGAACUGGGGGCAACAACAGACCGCGAGGAGGAGCGCGGCGACUUCCAGAGAAGCCGAGAGAGAUUCGAAGGCGACCCAGAGAGACAGAGGCGACCCGCUCGUGAAAGGAUAGGACAUGUUAAACGUGGAGAGGGAACAGAGUUUCUCGCCGGUCUUGAGGAAGACAGCGGGGCAGACUCGCGAGGUAGGGAGCGACGAACAGCAGGCGGCCUCGUGACCGUCGAUGGCAGGUCUGCCCGCAUGGGGUUUCGGCUGUAUGUACACCAGGAUCACGGGGACGCGGAGCUGUUCGCAGACGGCCCAGACGGCGGAAAGGCGGAUGCGAAGACCUCAGCAGAGCCAACAGUGUUUUUCCUGGACCGGCGUGGCCCGGCGGCAGCCGAGGACUCAGGGGAAACAGAUAGGAGCUCUGCAGACUCCUCAGUCGGCUCUCAUUUGUUCUGCCAACGCGCAUCGGCGCCUUCUUCUCUCCUUGCGUCGCCCGCUCUCUCUCCGCCGCAACUGUACGACCUGCGCCGGCGCGCUCUCGGCAUCCCCGAAGGUCCCGCGGAAGUGGGGAUCCAGAGGCACCUCCUCCCGCACUUGAACCUGGACUGGCAGGUGUACAUACACCCGAGGGUCAACAAGGGGUGUUUCCUCGGCCAGGAAGUGGUUACGCGCGCACUGCUGCAGCUCUCGAAUCGCCGGCGCGUGGCGAGUUUCGUUGUCCUCGGUCGCGCAGAGGAGGCGUUCUUCAUCCCCUCUCUCGGAGGCGAGAGGUCUUCUUCUGUGGACUCACCUUCUUUUGAAGCCACUCCAAUUCCUCCAAUUCGAGACCGCGGUGACCUGGUGGUAUCUCGACCGGUCCCGGAGUCGCCGAACUUUUCUCAGUUGCCUGUGCCGGCGAGUCGCCGACUUCCGACUGCUGCUGAACUCGAGACAGAUGCAUUGGAUUCUCCGUCUCUGGGCGCUUCUCAACCCCACUCUUUACCUCCCCGCCACCGCCUGCCAAGCAAAUGCCAACAUGACACACCCUCAUUCACGCAUCUCUUCCCUCCCUGGUGUGAGCACUUCCGACCUUCUCGCCACUUUCCUCUUCCGCACUGCUCUUCUGCUUCGCCUUCUUCGGCUGCUUCGCCUUCUUCGUCUUCUUCGCCUUCUUCGUCUUCUUCGCCUUCUUCGUCUUCUUCCGUCUCCAGUGGGAACGCGGACAAGGGCCAUCUUUCUCUGCGCGCGCCUGCGUCGUCUGAGGCCGCUGGCGACGCACCCGAGCUCGCCACGGCAGCGAGCCGUGGAGGACGCAAGGGGAGAGAGGAAAGCGAAGUCUUUCGUGGUGUUCUUUCAGGACCUUUGCCGCCUGGAGAACUCGAGUACUGGACGCGUUUGCUGUGUCGAGCUGAAGAGGCUGCCGUCAGGCGCCUAGAGCUUGCAACCGAGAGUCCAGAAGACUUCGGAGACGCUCCAGGAGUCCCCGUGCAUGCAGCAGAGGGCCGGGGCGAAAACACACCCGAUCCUCCCGAGAAGACGAAGGAAAAGGAGAGGGAGAAUGAGAAGACGGAGGCGAGUGAGAAGAAGGAGAAGGACGGAGAAGCAGAGACUGGCGAAACCGCGGAGAAGCCGAGAAAAAUCUACAUUUACAUCCCAGAGUGGGGAGGAGCGACCCCGCGUGUGUCUGAGAGUGAGGAGCAGAGAGGAAAGUCAAACCGACAGAAAACGCAAGCGUCAGGGUGGAAGGAAAUCGGCGAAGUCGUGGUGGAACCGGAGAGAGGCGAACGAGGUACACCUCUCGGUGUGGGGCUCUGCAUGCUGCGAGCGAAGGCAGGCGAGCCUCCUUUGAAAAGCUACGAGGAGUACCUCUCCUGUCUGGGUCGAUUGAUGGGGUCGCCCUGUCCGGCUGUGCUCUCGCGGAAGCCGCCGUCUGCGUUGCCGCCGCCGCCGCUGCUGUGCAAGUUCCCCGCCGCGGGCCAUGCGCAUGCAACUUCGCAUGAAUGCGACGCAGAUCCUCAACGAGCUGGACGAAAGGUUUCUGCAGAGAAGGCAGAGGAGCUCUCUUUUUCGACGGAGGCUGACAGAGCCUUCUUCGCGCACAGCUUCCAGAGACACGUAGAAGAAGCAGAGAAAGUUGGAGAUGUCGAAUGGUGUGUACUCGGACCUGCGUUGUACGCUGUCGACGGGUGGUUCAGUCAACGGCAAACCUCGCCUAAAGUCGUCAGUUCAUGACAAAGUGCGUUUGACGGCAACGCGUCUCAACGCAUUCUCAACAGAUUCGCAAAUGCACUUGUGCUGGAUCGGUCCUCACUGCAAGUCAUUCGCAACCACGCGCUUGCAAUUGGACUCUCCUGGAGAUACUCCACGCGUAUCCCGACAUACGUAUAUAAGUGCAUGUGUGAAGGUGUAUUCGAAUCCGAAAGCAGGUUUCCGUUUAUCUGUAUGUAAACAUGUGUAUACAUAUGUACAUGUAUGUAUAUGUAUGUAUAUGUAUAUGCAUAUGUGUGUGAGAAUGUAUAUCUAUAUGCAUGCGUAUAUAUAUAUAUAUAUAUAUAUAGAUAGAUAGAUAUAAAUAUAAAUGUGUGUGCGUGUGAGUAUAUAUAGCUGUAUACAUUCGCAUGGGGGUGGAAGGGUAAAGAACGACAAUGAGGCGAGGGAGAGGGUUGGAAGGAGACAUGGCGCUACUGGUUUGCAUAUGUGGUCAACUUUUUAGAGAUUUUUCUGAGGUGCAGAAUUGCAUCUUCGGGACGCUUCCCACACUGGGUGAGGCUCGUAUGCAGGACACAAUUCAAAACUGUUUUGGUCUCGG